AAAAGACAUCCGGAUGAGCUAAAGUCGCUGUUGUUUUCCCGCUUUUCCGCGUGUAGAUCGGGAGCUCCGCCCCCUCCCGUCCUCCAUACCUCGGAACUGUUUGCAUCCGAAGUUCUCCGCUCUCCGGGGGUCUUGCGGGUCGCUUGAAGGGCUUCAGAGCCGGGAAACAAACCACCUGACGCGCCACAAUGGCGGCUCUGCUCCUCCGCUCGCUUUUGAGCAAAAAGACCCCCGUCCAGCUGGGUCGCAUGUGCUACUCCUCCUCUUCCUCAGUGCCCACCACCAAACUCUUCAUCGAUGGAAAGUUCAUCGAGUCCAACUCAUCGGAGUGGCUGGACAUUCACAACCCUGCCACUAACGAAGUGGUGGGACGCGUCCCCAAAGCCACGCAGGAGGAGAUGCUGGCGGCCGUGGACUCCUGCUCCAGGAGCUUCCAGUCCUGGUCCGAGACCUCCAUCCUCACCCGGCAGCAGGUCUUCUUACGCUACCAGCAGAUCAUCAAGGACAACAUCAAAGAACUGGCGAGAACGAUCACUCUGGAGCAGGGCAAGACUCUGGCUGAUGCAGAGGGAGAUGUGUUUCGAGGACUGCAGGUGGUUGAGCACGCGUGCAGCAUCACGUCGCUCAUGCUGGGGGAGACCUUACCCUCCAUCACCAAGGACAUGGACACCUACACGUACCGCAUGCCCAUCGGCGUGUGCGCCGGCAUCGCCCCCUUCAACUUCCCCGCCAUGAUCCCUCUGUGGAUGUUCCCCAUCGGGAUGGUGUGCGGCAACACGUACCUGAUGAAGCCGUCGGAGCGCGUCCCAGGAUGCACCAUGCUUCUGGCCAAGAUGCUGCAGGACGCCGGCGCUCCAGAUGGCACGCUCAACAUCAUCCACGGACAGCAUGCAGCCGUGAACUUCAUCUGCGACCAUCCAGCCAUCAAAGCCAUCAGCUUCGUGGGCUCCAACCAAGCAGGAGAGUACAUCUACGAGCGCGGCUCCAAGAACGGGAAGCGGGUCCAGUCCAACAUGGGAGCCAAGAACCACGGUGUGGUGAUGCCCGACGCUAACAAAGAGAACACCAUCAACCAGCUGGUGGGGGCCGCCUUCGGAGCAGCCGGCCAGCGCUGCAUGGCGCUCUCCACCGCCAUCUUUGUAGGGGAGAGCCGUGAUUGGCUCCCGGAGUUGGUGGAACGCUCCAAAUUGCUGCGCGUGAAUGCAGGGGAUCAGCCCGGCGCAGAUGUGGGUCCGCUCAUCUCUCCUGAAGCCAAAGGGAGGGUGGAGCAUCUGAUUCAGACCGGCGUGGACGAGGGCGCCAAGCUGCUGCUGGACGGGAGAAGCGUUCAAGUGAAAGGCUACGAGAACGGGAACUUCGUGGGACCCACCAUCCUGACCAACGUCUCGCCGGAGAUGACCUGCUACAAGGAGGAGAUCUUCGGGCCGGUGCUGAUCGUGCUGGAGGUCGACACGCUGGAUGAAGCCAUCGCCCUGAUCAACCGAAACCCUUACGGCAACGGCACCGCCAUCUUCACCACCAACGGAGCCACGGCGCGCAAAUACACCCACGGGGUGGAUGUGGGGCAGAUCGGCGUGAACGUCCCCAUCCCGGUUCCUCUCCCCAUGUUCUCCUUCACGGGUUCCAGAGGCUCCUUCAGAGGAGACACCAACUUCUACGGCAAACAGGGCAUUCAGUUCUACACCCAGAUCAAGACCGUAACGUCGCAGUGGAAGGCCGAGGACGCCACUGUGAGCAGCCCGGCCGUUACCAUGCCAACCAUGGGACGCUAAGCUAAAAAUGGCUCCUUAUGUAAGCCUUAAAAACACAGGCUGAAGAGGGAGGAAGGGUGUUCGUAGGAGACUGUUUGAAUCUUUCAUAGUAGCAGAAACAUGGAGGGAUCAGUCUGUCCUGAAGAACUUUUCUGAGUUUCUGAUAUGAUAAUCCGUUAGGUGGUGUUGCAUCCGUUUUUCACUUCAUCAGGUCUUCCACAGGCUUCUGCUGAAGUUCAGGAAUGUUCCUCAGAACAUUGACGCCUUUUUUUACUCCAUUAAAAUAAUGGCCGCGGAGUUAUCUAUGCUCACUGAUCUGUCGAUGCUCCACCAUCUGUGCUCACUGAUCUGUCGAUGCUCCACCUUUUGGUUGGGGAAACGGGUUUCAAGGAGUCCCUAGAGUCCUGGGGAGUGUUUUAGUUGGUGUUUUGGUAAGAAAAGUGCGUUUCUGUCCGUUUCCUUGUCCGGUCUGACGCUGUGAAGCGUCUUCCUCUGACGUCCUGUGAGGUGAUGCUGUGAAGCUUUUUCUCCGGCUGCUCGCCAUUCAAUAAAGAUAUCACAAAUUGAGUGAACUGAAGUGUGA